AUGGCUGCAGAACAGACAAGGGAUACCCUCACAAGGACAGCAUCCAACACCAACACUAAUGGAGACAGGAAAGAAACCACCAUACCUGACGAACCACUCUACGACCCCCGCGGUCUCCAGUACCUCGAACCGACCCAGACCAGUCUCCAGUGCUCCGUUUGCUGCGAGUACUUUACUCAACCCGUCAGCGUCCCCUGCGGGCACACGUUCUGUAAAGGCUGCAUACUGCAAGCCUUAGAAGUCAACCCCGGCUGCCCACUCUGUCGAACUCUCAUCGACCCCUCUUUACUCUACGAAGUAAUCGCCCUCUCCCGACUCUGCGACGAGCUACCCGUCUACUGCCCACACAAGACCCUCGGCUGCAACCAUACCUGUCAACGGAUCCAGCUAGGAAAACAUUUGAAGGACGACUGUGUGUAUAUCGGGACGUUGUGUCGGGUGGAGGAGUGUCGGAAGAAGCUGUUGAAGAAGGAUCUGUCGGAGCAUAUGGAGAGACCCCGCUUCGAUCUGGACGCCAUUCAUAUCCCCCAGUGUCCCUAUGAGGCGAUCCGUGGAUUCUUGGAGAUUUCAAAGUCAAGGAUGGAAGCGCUUGAGCAAGAGAACCAACAGCUCAGAGGACUUUUUCACGACAUGAAACCUCAAGUCCAACAACUUCGGGACCAAGUAGGACAGCUUUCGGAAUCUGUUCAGCUGUUCAGUCAUCAGGAACAACAGAUGGGAGGAGGUGGAGGAGGAGGGUUCGGUCAGUCCAUGCUUGGAUACAUGGAUAUGAGCUAUCCCAACUAUCACAACUAUCCACAACAGCAAUUGUACAGGAACGACUCUUAUGACGAAGGUGCUGGCGAAGGUGGCGAUCAUGAAGUCGAAAUGCGCGCGGCUUUAGCUAUGGAGCGGAGGAACAAUAGCAUUGGAGCAGAGUCGAUGAUUUCUAAUGGUGGAGCAGGCGGAGGAGUACGAGGCAGUGUUGCAGAGACACAAGAAUUACUCAUCUCUGAGAAUGAGCGGAUUAGGUCCGAGCUUGAGACUUUGACAGCGGGCCUGGCGUCUCUGGAACUUAAGCAGAAUAUGGCCAUCAUGACUGAGAGUAUGAGACUUCAGGAAGAGGUUCAGAGUUUGCGAGCAGUCUGUCAUGGACUCCGGAUGCAGAUGCACUAUCUACUGUUGGAGCAGCAGAACAGCCGACACCAUCCACCGGGACCUCCACCGCCUGGAUCGCCUGCAGGCGGGAAUGCGAAUAUGCAGCAGGCCAUGAAAGGGGGAAACAAUGGCGCUGGUGGUGGAGGAGGGGGCGGAUCCGGCGGAGGAAGGCCGUUGAGUACCAGUGGACCAUUACGACCGCGGUUCUCAGGUAUGUUGUUCUCGUUUCUGUUGUGCUUUGCGCGCAAUUGUUUUGUUCAGGACUAUGUAUGUAAGCAGAGGUACUGA